CAAUCGCAGCUUCUCCAACCGCUUAUAAAUGCCGAAGAAGAGAAAAACCCUACAGUUUUCUCGCCUGAACAAUUUUAUCCGAACUAAUCAUCACAUUAAAAUAUUUCUGACAUAGUUUUGUAUUUACCGAUAGGUGUGAUGUGGUUAAAAAUAAACGCACGUUAUUGUGUCUAUUUCUGAGGAUUUAAAACCUCGUUCUGCUUUAAAACCCUGAGAGGUGUUAUAAUGAGAUCAGCAGGAAACAGACCACGCUCCUCCAGGAAGUCUCGGGCUCCUGAUCCUGCUCCUUCACAGCUGUGUGAGGACGUGAAAAUGGAGACUUCAGAUGGAGGAACAUCCGAAGUGUCAGAAGUCUGUGUGAAGAAAGAGGAGACGCUGGAGCUGAACAUCUACAGCCAUGGAGACGAUUUCAACACCACACCUGAAGUUAUCUCCAUUAAAGAGGAAGAUCCUGACAAUAAAGACUCCCUCUACUGUGAGGUUUGCAAAUCCUUCUUCUUCAACAAGUGUGAGGUUCACGGACCGCCCCUCUUCAUCCCUGAUACUCCUGUUCCCAUGGGAGUCCCUGACCGAGCCAGACAAACUCUUCCUCCUGUACUAGAGAUUCGGAAGUCCGGUAUUCCUGAUGCAGGUCUGGGGGUGUUUAAUAAGGGGGAGACUGUUCCAGUAGGUGCACACUUCGGACCCUACCAGGGAGAGCUGGUAGACAGAGAGGAAGCCAUGAGCAGUGGAUACUCCUGGGUGAUAUGCAGGAGUGGGCAGUGUGAAGAAUACGUAGAUGCCAAAAGAGAAAUGCAUGCGAAUUGGAUGAGGUAUGUGAAUUGUGCCCGUAAUGAUGAAGAGCAGAAUCUUGUCGCGUUUCAGAAUCGAGGAGGGAUUCUGUACCGUUGCUGUCGACCCAUUAACCCAGGACAGGAGCUCUUGCUGUGGUAUGAAGAGGAGUACGCUAAAGAGCUCAGUCCUGCAUUUGACUACCUCUGGAACAAAAAGUGCUCUAUGAAGGAAGUAAACAACACUCUGUUGGAAGUCUUUUCCUGCUCAACGUGUCCUCUUACCUAUGCAUCUCAAAUUUACUUAGACAAACACAUCCAGAGAUGCCACUACGAAGAGUAUACAAGACCGCGAGAAUCAGGAGAGAUAAAACAGGAGAUUGAGAUUCCAUCCAAAGGCUCCAGUAGUCAGUCAACAUCAUCUGGUUCUCUGAGUUCUGAUACUUCUCACAAUGACGUACAGAAGGAAAUUCACCACUGCUCAGAUUGUGGAAAGAGUUUUGGUCAUCAUAAUGCUCUCAAAACACACCAGCGCAGUCACAGAGGAGAGAAGCCAUAUCACUGCUCACUGUGUGGAAAGAGUUUCUAUCAGUGGAGCAAUUUCCAACGACACCAGUACAUUCACACAGGAGAGAAACUAUAUCAAUGCUUACAGUGUGGAAAGAGUUUUUCUCAUCAGAGUGCUUUCCAACGACACCUGUACAUUCACACAGGAGAGAAGCCAUAUCACUGCUCACAUUGUGGUAAGAAAUUUACUCAACAGAGUCAUCUCCAAAGACACCAGCAUAUUCAUACAGGAGAGAAGCCGUAUCACUGUUCACAGUGUGGAAAGAGUUUUAAUCAGCAGGGUGAUCUCCAGCGACACCAGCGCAUUCACACAGGAGAUAAACCAUAUCAGUGCUCACGAUGUGAGAAGAGUUUUAAUCGACAGGAUCGUCUUCAACAACACCAGAGCAUUCACACAGGAGAGAAGCCAUAUCACUGCCCACAGUGUGGGAAGAGUUUUAAUCGACAGGAUCGUCUCCAAAGACAUCAGCAUGUUCACACAGGAGAGAAACCAUAUCACCGUUCACAAGGUGGACAGACAUUUACUCUACAGCAACACCAGACCAUUCACCCAGGAGGGAAGCCUUAUCAUUGCUCACAGUGUGAGAAGAGUUUUACUAACCAGAGUAAUCUCCGAAAACACCAGCAUCUUCACACAGGAGAGAAGCCAUAUCUUUGCUCACAGUGUGGGAAGAGCUUUACUUACCAGUGUAAUCUCCAAAAGCAUCAGCACAUUCACACAGGAGAGAAGCCAUAUCAGUGCUCACAGUGUAAGAAGAGUUUUAAUCGACAGAGUAAUCUCCAACAACACCAACGCCUUCACACUGGAGAGAAACCAUAUCACUGCUCACACUGUGGCAAGAGUUUUGCAGCCAAGGGUAAUCUCCAAACACAUCAGCGCAAUCAUACAGGAGAGAAGCCUUAUCACUGUUCACUGUGUGGGAAAUGUUUUACUUAUCAGAGUCAUCUCCAAAUACACCAGCGCUUUCACACAGGAGAGAAGCCAUAUCAAUGCUCACAGUGAGGAAAGAGUUUCCAUCAGCAGAGUACGCUCCAAGUCCACCAGCGCAUUCACACGGGAGAGAAGCCGUAUCACUGCUCUCAGUGUGGGAAGAGUUUUAAUCGACAGAACCAUCUUCAAACACACCAGCGCAUUCACACAGGAGAGAAGCCAUAUCUUUGCUCACAGUGCGGAAAGGCGUUUACUUAUUCAGUUACAUUUAAGACCCACAAGUGCACUAACUCUGAAACAUUGCAUGAUUUAAAGCUGUCAAAUCAGACAUAUCACGUCAUAUCACAUUUCUCGGCGUUGGGUUUGACUGAGAGAGGAUAUAAAACCUCGUUCUGCUUUAAAACCCUGAGAGGUGUUAUAAUGAGAUCAGCAGGAAACAGACCGCGCUCCUCCAGGAAGUCUCGGGCUCCUGAUCCUGCUCCUUCACAGCUGUGUGAGGACGUGAAAACGGAGACUUCAGAUGGAGGAACAUCCGAAGUGUCAGAAGUCUGUGUGAAGAAAGAGGAGACGCUGGAGCUGAACAUCUACAGCCACGGAGACGAUUUCAACACCACACCUGAAGUUAUUUCCAUUAAAGAGGAAGAUCUUGACAAUAAAGACUCCCUCUACUGUGAGGAUUGCAAAUCCUUCUUCUUCAACAAGUGUGAGGUUCACGGACCGCCCCUCUUCAUCCCUGAUACUCCUGUUCCCAUGGGAGUCCCUGACCGAGCCAGACAAACUCUUCCUCCUGGACUAGAGAUUCGGAAGUCGGGUAUUCCUGAUGCAGGUCUGGGGGUGUUUAAUAAGGGGGAGACUGUUCCAGUAGGUGCACACUUCGGACCCUACCAGGGAGAGCUGGUAGACAGAGAGGAAGCCAUGAGCAGUGGAUACUCCUGGGUGAUGUACAGAAGCAGGCAGUGUAAAGAACACAUUGAUGCCAAGAGAGAGAUGGAUGAUAACUGGAUGGGGUUUGUGAAUUGUGCUCAUAAUGCAGAAGAGCAAAAUCUUGUGGCAUUUCCAUAUCAAGGGGGGAUUCUGUACCGUUGCGGUCGACCCAUUAACCCAGGACAGGAGCUCUUGGUGUGGUACAAAGAAGAGAACACCAAAGAUCUCAAUCCUACUUUUGACUACCUCUGGAACCAAAAAUCCUCAAAUGAAGUAACACUCCAGAACACUCCGGAAGUGUUGGAAGUCUUUUCCUGCUCCGCAUGUCCUCUUACCUAUACAUCACAAAUUGACCUCCACAAACACAUCCAGAGAUGCCAUGACCAAGAGUAUAUGAAACCACGAGAAUCAGGAGAGAUUAAACAUGAGAUUGAGAUUCCCUCCAAAGGCUCCAGUAGUCAAUCAACAUCAUAUGAUUCUCUGAGUUCUGCUACUUCUCACAAUGAUGUACAGAAGGAAAUUCAGCACUGCUCAGAUUGUGGAAAGAGUUUUGGUCAUCAGAACGCCCUCAAAACCCACCAGUGCAGUCACAGAGGAGAGAAGCCAUAUCACUGCUCACUGUGUGGAAAAGGUUUUACUCAACAGAAUACUCUACAGCGACACCAGCGCACUCACACAGGAGAGAGGCCGUAUCACUGCUUACAGUGUGAGAAGAGUUUUACUCAACAGAGUACUCUCCGAAAACAUCAGCGCAUUCAUACAGGAGAGAAGCCGUAUCACUGCUCACAGUGUGGCAUGAGUUUUACUCAACAGAGCCAUCUCCAAAGACACCAGCAUAUUCAUACCGGAGAGAAGCCAUAUCACUGCUCACUGUGUGGAAAGAGUUUUAUACAGAAGGGUGAUCUUCAACUGCACCAGCGCGUUCACACAGGAGAGAAGCCGUAUCACUGCUCACAGUGUGGAAAGAAUUUUACUCAUCAGAAUACUCUCCUAAAACAUCAGCGUAUUCACACAGGAGAGAAGCUGUAUCACUGCUCCCAGUGUGGAAAGAGUUUUACUCAUCAGAGUCAUCUUCAAAGACAUCAGCAUAUUCACACAGGAGAGAAGCCUUAUUACUGCUCACAUUGUGGUAAUAGAUUUACUCAACAGAGUCAUCUUCAAAGACAUCAGCAUAUUCACACAGGAGAGAAGCCGUAUCACUGCUCACAGUGUGGAAAGAGUUUUAAUCGACAGGGUACUCUCCUAGUCCACCAGCGCAUUCACACAGGAGAGAAGCCGUAUCACUGCUCACAGUGUGGAAAGCGUUUUCCUGACCAGAGUAAUCUCCGAAAACACCAGCGUGUUCACACAGGAGAGAAACCGUGUCACUGCUCACUGUGUGGAAAGAGGUUUACUCAACAGAGUGAUCUCCAUCGACAUGAACGCGUUCAUACUGGAGAAAAGCCGUAUUUCUGCUCCCAGUGUGGCAAGAGUUUCACUCAGCAGAGUAAUCUCCAUUUACACCAGCGCAUUCACAUAGGAGAGAAGCCCUAUAACUGUUCACAGUGUGGGAAGAGUUUUACUCAACAGAGUACUCUAAGAAAACAUCAGCGCGUUCACACAGGACAGAAGACGUAUCACUGCUCCCAGUGUGGAAAGAGUUUUACUUAUUCUGUUUCAUUUAAGGCCCACAAGUGCACUAACUUUGAGCCACUGAAUUUAUCAAAUUAUCCAGGUGGUGGCGGUAACGCUCCCAGUAGCUGCUUCUCCAACCGCCAGAAAUCGUUGGAGAAGAAAAAGCCACUAGGUGUUAUAAUGAGAUCAGCAGGAAACAGACCACGCUCCUCCAGGAAGUCUCGGGCUCCUGAUCCUGCUCCUUCACAGCUGUGUGAGGACGUGAAAACGGAGACUUCAGAUGGAGGAACAUCCGAAGUGUCAGAAGUCUGUGUGAAGAAAGAGGAGACGCUGGAGCUGAACAUCUACAGCCACGGAGACGAUUUCAACACCACACCUGAAGUUAUCUCCAUUAAAGAGGAAGAUCUUGACAAUAAAGACUCCCUCUACUGUGAGGUUUGCAAAUCCUUCUUCUUCAACAAGUGUGAGGUUCACGGACCGCCCCUCUUCAUCCCUGAUACUCCUGUUCCCAUGGGAGUCCCUGACCGAGCCAGACAAACUCUUCCUCCUGGACUAGAGAUUCGGAAGUCCGGUAUUCCUGAUGCAGGUCUGGGGGUGUUUAAUAAGGGGGAGACUGUUCCAGUAGGUGCACACUUCGGACCCUACCAGGGAGAGCUGGUAGACAGAGAGGAAGCCAUGAGCAGUGGAUAUUCCUGGGUGAUGUACAGAAGCAGGCAGUGUAAAGAACACACUGAUGCCAAGAGAGAGAUGGAUGAUAACUGGAUGGGGUUUGUGAAUUGUGCUCAUAAUGCAGAAGAGCAAAAUCUUGUGGCAUUUCCAUAUCAAGGGGGGAUUCUGUACCGUUGCUGUCAACCCAUUAACCCAGGACAGGAGCUCUUGGUGUGGUACAAAGAAGAGAACACCAAAGAUCUCAAUCCUACUUUUGACUACCUCUGGAACCAAAAAUCCUCAAAUGAGGUAAACAACACUCUGUUGGAAGUCUUUUCCUGCUCCACAUUUGUUAUGGAGGCAUCACAAAUUGACCUCCACAAACACUACGAAGAGUAUACGAGACUGCAAGAAUCAGGAAAGAUUAAACAGGAGAUUGAGAUUCCCUCCAAAGGCUCCAGUAGUCAGUCAACAUCAUCUGAUUCUCUGAGUUCUGAUACAUCUCACAAUGACGUACAGAAGGAAAUUCACCACUCCUCAGACUGUGGAAAGCAUUUUGGGCAUCAUAAUGCUCUCAAAACACACCAGCGCAGUCACAGAGGAGAGAAGCCAUAUCACUGCUCACAGUGUGGGAAGAGUUUUACUCAAAAAGGUAGUCUUCAGCUACACCAGCGCAUUCACACAGGAGAGAAGAUGUAUCACUGCUCACUGUGUGGAAAGAGUUUUACUCAUCAGAGCACUCUACAACAACACCAGCGCAUUCACACAGGAGAGAAGCCGUAUCACUGCUCACAGUGUGGAAAGAGUUUUAAUCAAAAAGGUAAUCUUCAACUACACCAGCGCAUUCACACAGGAGAGAAGAUGUAUCACUGCUCACAGUGUGGAAAGAGUUUUACUCAUCUGAAUACUCUACAACGACACCAGCGCAUUCACACUGGAGAAAAGCCGUAUCACUGUUCACUGUGUGGUAAAGGUUUUGCUCAACAGAGUACUCUACAACGACACCAGCGCAUUCACACAGGAGAGAAGCCGUAUCACUGCUCACAGUGCGGGAAGAGUUUUACUCAAAAGGGUAGUCUUCAAAUACACCAGCUUAUUCACACAGGGGAGAAGCCAUAUCAUUGCUCACAGUGUGGAAAGAGUUUUACUCAUAAGAGCACUCUACAACAACACCAGCACUUUCACACAGGGGAGAAGCCGUAUCAUUGCUCACAGUGUGGAAAGAGUUUUACUCAUCAGAGUACUCUACAGCGACAUCAGCGCAUUCACACAGUAGAGAAGCCAUAUCACUGGUCACAGUGUGGAAAGAGUUUUGUUUGAAAAGGUAAUCUUCAACUACACCAGUGCAUUCACACAGGAGAGAAGUAUCCAAACAUCCCAGUUCACUCAAUGCCUGUGAGCCCUCUAGAUCUGCUCCUUUACCUAAGAAAAAAAAAAAAUUGUUCACAAAAAGCUUGACUGUACAAAUAUGUCUUCACCCUGGACUUAAACACUGAGACUGUGGACUGUGCCCGAGUCCCGAACAUUAAUUGGAAGGCUGUUCCAUAACUGUGUCUCCAUUUACAUCUAUGAACUGAUAGCGAUCAGUCAAAUAAGGCCUAAGCCAGCAGAAGGCCUUUCCCGUAAUGACAGCAUUUUAUAGUCUACCAAGGAGAAUAUAUAAUCACUUAUCAAUUUUAAGCAUUUUAAAAGGAAAUUGAGACUGAAGUCUUCGAGCUCAUCAUCCUCUAAUGACGAGUCAGGUGACUUUGGUUUAGAUCCAGGAGCCAUCAGUGUAGCUCCAUUGUUGAUUAAAGAAUUAUGGCAAAAAGAGGGGAAGGAAGCAAAAGUGACAAUAAAAUAUCAGCCGCUGAACCAUGAGCGAGUAGAUAAAAAUCGCAAUGGGCAUAAGUCCAAUUCUGACUUCUCAUGUAAAAUGCACUUGCAUAACUUGCAUCCUUUGGAUGUCAUUGCAAUUUUCCCUCAAAUAUAUCUGUUUACCUAGGUGGAAAUGUUAAUCGACUUUUACAGUCACUGUGAAGAAAAGCAUUUGUUCGAUUCGGUCAGCGGUUUACAGAAAUGUAUUGAGCAUCCUUGAGCUAAUGUGUGGUUUUGUGGAAAGUGCUGAGUGUUGGCGCAAAGUUGCUGAAUUUCAACAAGGCAGAAACGAAUCUGUAAUGCAACACACCCAGCAUUGUGCUCAAGUGUUUAUGCUAUGUGGAUAUUAUACAAAAUUUCUGAUGUUCUCUGCAGCCACGCUGCUGGUAGCAAUGGGCUGAUGUCUUAAAACCUGACUUGCACAAGGCUCUGAUGAUCUUAAACCCCAAGUGGCAUAGCAUAUGCUUCAGUAUUCUUUCUGAUAGCCUUGCGGCUUGUGAAAAAGAUUCAAAUAUGAAAACUCAUGCCUGCUGAAUGCUGUGAAUGCUCAAUCUGUUCAGCAAGAUGUGUGCCAGUACCAUCAUAAGCAGGAGCACUGGGAGCGAGCAUGUUGUAAAAAGAAAGCUUACCUGAAGAAGCGGAGUGAGAAAUGCGCUCCGACUUCCAGAGUCUCUCAGCCUGACUCACAAGGCAGGACUCUCUUGCCAGUGGCAGCAGGGCAAUUAAUUCAGCUGAUACAACAUCCCUCCCACUCAGAAUCUUUUCCCCCACCUCCACCUGCUGGACAGUCUCAUCCUUUUUAGAGAUGUCCUCUGUGAGAGCAUUUUUGCAGCCAAUUACACAUGAGCAAGAUGACAUUGUAUUGUAUGUGAUAAUCACUCUGAAUGAUAAAGAAUACAGUAUUUUGACUGACACAAAUAUCAGUCAUUCCUAUUGAGAUGGCUUGAGACUUUGGUAUGCGUUUAACUAGAACGAAUAUCAUCAUUUUUGGUGUGAUAGGAGAAAACUCACACUUAUAUAAAUGAACCUGUUUGUUUAUGUUUUGGCCCUAAGUCACUUGACAUCUCUCUUAUGGCAGCACAGAUUAGCACCUCUCCUAUUUUGGGCAUUCAUGUUAUCUCACAAUUACACAUGCAUUUGGAUUUUGAGCCAGCUAAAAUUGAACUCUGUUCUUGCAGUUCAGGUGUCAGAUCCCUUGAUUGCUACUGUUCCUAUUUGGGCUAAGGAUGAGAAGGACUGCUGGCUACUAGUCAUAGAAACAGUACAUCUUACAAGUGCGCCGCCUCCCAUGACAAAACAGUACCCCAUUUCAAGGGAAGCUAUUCAGAGAAUUCGAUAAUUAUAACUGUCAAUGAUUUUGUCAACCGAGGCAUCCGUGUUAAAACAGCUCCUCCUCUUCUCUGUCCUGUGAGGAAAGCAGGAAAUGCUGAAAACUCCUGCUGCUGAUUGACAGUUGAUUAUCUGGUCACUAAAACCUGUAUUGAUCGCAUUCCACCACGUGUAGCUGACCCAAACACCGUUUUUGAUAGAAUUCCAAUUAUAUACACACUGUUUUCUUGAUAUGGAUAAUGUUUUUUUUUUUUUUUUUUUUUGUCUGUUUUUUUACAUCUAGAUAGUCAGCCAUGGUUAGCUUUCUUCUUUGAUGGUGAUCAGUACCAAUGGACAUGACUCCCACAAAGCCCUACUUUGGCAUUGUGGUGACCCUAAAGAUUCAGUGGUUCUACCUUUAGCCUUUUAGCCCCACCUGGUAUGGAAUUGUAUAACAAAGAAUUAUUAGCAUUGUUCACACAUCUUUGUGUCCAUUUUCAUGAAGCUAACUUUGCCAAAGCUCAAUUAGAUGGGGCAAUUGGCUCAGCAUUCUUACAACACCUAAAAUUCCCCUGCAGAGGGCCAAGGUCACCAAUCCCUCAUUGCUAAUGAUGCAACUGCAAUGUCUGAUACCCAAGAUGAGUGGGUAUAGAUUGAUCACGUUCAUGAUUGGGUGAUGCAUUCACACUCACUGCCUUUGAGCAUUUCUCAGAUUCCUCUGGAAAAUCCAAACAAGAUUUUAUUUAUUUAUUUAUUUAUUUAUUUAUUUAUUUAUUUAUUUUAACAGAUGGUUCAGCUCAAGUUCUGAAUGGGUGCAGACAUGCUGGAUGGGCUGUUUGCUCAUCACACAGAGUGAUUGCUCAGGGUCACCUCCUUGAUCAUCUCUCAGCCCAGCUUGCCAAACUUGUCUUUAACUAAUGCCUGUAUCUUAGCUACUGGCAGUACUACUAAAGUUUACACAGAUUCACAAUAUGCCUUUGGUGUUUUGCACGAUUUUGACAGUAUCUGGUGUGGAAGUGCCUUUUUGACAGCUGCAGGCACGCCCACCAAACAUGCCUCAUUUGUGUCUGACCUUUUGUUGGCAUAUGAAAAUCCAACAUGUUUAGCUGUGGUUAAGGUUAAGGCGCAUUGUUAUCUCAAAACUGUUUGAGGGUUGAGGUAAUGCUAUGGCCGAUACUGCAGCCAAAGCAGCGUGCAGUCUUCCUUCUGUCUCAGUCUAUCUUCCACAAUCUCAAAACCUUAAAAAAAGGUGUGGUUAUUUGUGGACAAGGGUUUAAGUCUAGAUUUUGCUGGCACAUGGAUGAAAGGAGGUUGAUAUGUGGCUCCUGAGUCUUUGCUACCAUAUUAGCUCAACAAAUCCACAGUCUAGGACAUGUGAGUGUCCAGAGUAUGGUUCACCAAUUCCCUUCUACAUGGGGAAACACGACGUUGUGCAGGAAGUUAUGAGAAUGCUAAGCGUUCAAUGUAAGCUUCACUGUCCAUACAGGCCUCAGGCUUCUGGACAGGUUCAGUGUCAAACCAGACUUUGAAAAAUGUAUUGUCCAAGUUACACCAAAGUGGGGUCUUGUGGGUGUAUGCAUUGCCUGCUGUUUUGUGGAGUAAUCAAUCCACACCCACAAGAGGGGUCAACCGAUGGCCCUACCGGGGACAAUCAGUUUGCAUCUUACAUCAGAGAUGCUAAUGAAGUAUUUUCAAGAGCUCAAUGUAAGCUGAUAGCUCUGUGGAAAACUUGUGUCCAAGAGGUGUGGACCUAAUUGCAAAAGGGUGGACAUGCUAUUGUGCCAGGACAGUAGGUGAUGAUCAAAAAUGUAAGAUGUGGAUACAUGUAUCAUACUGUAAAGUGGUAUUACCACCUAAAUAGUGACAGUUUGGGUGGCUCUAAGAGGAGAGCUUUGAGAGGAUUUGAUUGCAUUUAGGCAUUGGGGUUUGUUUCUUUGCUUUUGCAGGAAAAACAAAGUGAGUUAUCUCUGAAGUUGGUGUGGGUGCUACAAGAGAACCAAGAGACUAUACAUUGGGUUCCUUCUGACUCCCAGUUGGCCCCAUUCUGCGCCUCAGCAUUGUUCACGAUCUGUACACGCUGUGCUGAAGCAAGACCCAUCCAUCCUUGCCAACAUCACAACACAAGAGACUGACUUUGAUUCUAUACUUUGAGCAGAACCUUCAGGCAACAUCAUUGAUUACAAAUUAGUCACAGUCACUGGUAUAACAUUAUACAGCAAUAAACGGCCACUCGGCCUAAAGGUC